AUGAGAGGAGUUAUCAUUUUCCUGGCUUUUAUAAUUAUUCAAAUUGCUUACAUAAGAGCACAAGGAACUGGAGGAACUGGUACUGGUGCUGGUACUGGAACUGGUGCUGGAACUGGUACUGGAACUGAUGCUGGAACUGGUACUGGAACUGGUACUGGAACUGGUAGUGGUACUGGUGGAACUGGAACUAGUACUGGAACUGCCACUGGUAAUGGCGGGAGACGGCGUGUUACAGUAAGCAAUCUUCAAUACACAGCAGUUCGGAGGUUAAGGCGUAAUAACAACAACUCGUCAACUACAAAUAGGCGAAGAUCGGCCACAAACCGUAGACGUGCAAAUAGAAAUAGAAAGAACAGAAGUGGACGCAUAGUUUUAAAAAAAAAUAGUGCCGCCAAGCGUUCUAUACCCAAAAAGGGUUAA